UAUUGAUUUCAGAGAGGAAGGGAGAGGGAGAGAGAUAGAAACAUCAAUGUUGAGAGAGAAUCGAUUGGCUGCCUCCUGCACGCCCCACACUGGGGAUGGCGCCCGCAACCCAGGCCUGUGCCCCUGACCGGAAUCGAACCUGGGACCCUCCGGUCCGCAGGCCGACGCUCUACCCACUGAGCCACACCGGCCGGGGUGAGGAUGGUGUUUUGAGUUCUCCGUGCUGUCCAGGGUGCGCUGGCCGACGGGCGGGGUGUCUGCGUCCCGGCUGCUAUCAACCCACGUGUGCAGGCGGCGGUGACGGGUUCCUCUCCGGGCUACACACCCCGAGGGGCUGGCUGGGGCGGGCGCGCUGUCUCACUUGCUGCGGAACCGCCAGAGGCACGUCCGCGCCACCGGUUCCUGCUCCCUCCCCAGCUCCGACCCCCACCCGCACCUCCGCCCCGGCGCUGUGCGCGCCCCUCGCCGGGCCUGACGUGCUUGUGGGCCGCGGGUACAGUACUUGGGAGGAAUGUCUGCUCGGCGCCCCCACGCGCCCCAGGGAUUUGGAAAGAGCCCGCCGCCGGGCAGCUCCGCUGGCGGGGCGAGGCCCCUGGUCAUUUCCGGCAGCGCCGGGCGGUCCCAGCCGCGCCUGCAGGUUUCGCUUUUGGGUCCUGAGCCCGCGGCCGGCUGAGCGCUGCUUUGUCGGCCCCAGAGCACAGCCCGCCCAACCCCAGCCCCGGCGACUUCGCUUCCUGCGCCCGGAACCUGGGCGCCAAGGUCAAGGUCACGCCCUGUGGCCACGCCGGCCUCCGCCUCCGGGGAGCAUGGCGUCUGCCUUCGAGCAGGUGGUGAAGAGCGUGGUCCAGGAGCUGGACCAGAGCAGGGAGCUGGUCCCCGUGGGCAGCCUGCGGAGCUCCACCAGCUUCCAGCCCUACUGCCUGCUGGGCCGCAGGCCCCCCAGCUCCUGGUUCUGGAGGGCCCGCUACAGGGGCAUCAACCUGUCCCUCAGGGACAUCCUGGAGCCCGAUGACCCCGAGCCAGACGUCCAGCGCGUCGGUCCCUUCCAAUUCCAAGACGCGGUGGACGGGCAGCUGCAGGGCCGCGUCGAGCUGACGGCGGGCCCAGGGCAGGGCGGGUUCUCGGGCGGGGCCGCCGUGUCCGGCAGCUCCAGCGCCUCCAUGAACGUGUGCACGCUGCGAGUGGACCCCAACACCUGGGCGGCCAUGCUCCAGGAGAGGCACCUGCGGCAGCCUGAGCACAAGGUCCUGCAGCAGCUGCGCAGUCGCGGGGACGACGUGUUCGUGGUGACGGAGGUGCUGCAGACGCAGAAGGAGGUGGAGGUCACCCGGACCCGCAGGCAGGAGGGCUCGGGCCAGUUUGCGCUGCCCGGAGCCACGUGCUUCCAGGGCCAGGGCCAGGGCCACCUGAGCCGGAAGAGGACCGUCACCAUCCCCGCGGGCAGCGUCCUCGCGUUCCAGGUGGCCCAGCUGGUUAUCACCGGGUCGGACUGGGACAUCGUCUUCAGCCCUGACAGGAAGAAGAGGACCUUCGAGCCGCCCCCAACAGGCCACCUGCUUCGCGGUGGAGCAAGCAGCAAGCCCCAGCAACAGUCCCCCCGCUUCUCCAUAAGGUCCUUAGCCGAGCGCCUCAAGCUCUUGUCAGAUGGGCUGGAGGAGGACGGGCAGGCGCCCGCGGAGGACUUCCCGGGCCUGCAGGCGGAGGUGAGUGCCUGGGCCCGGGGCCUGGAGGGCCUGUCCAGGCCGCUGUGCGAGCAGCUGCUGAGGGGCCUGAGGCAGGUGCUGCGGGACAAGCCGGCCCUGGAAACCCUGGAGGAGUCGCUGGAGCAGGGCCUGAGCCGCGGGCGGGCGGAGCCCCUGCAGGGUCCCGCGGGCGACAUCCUCGAGUGCCUGGUGCGCCCCUGCCGGACGCUGGUGGAGGACCUGGCCGGCCCCAUCGCCUACCUGCUGGGAGCCCUGGCUGCGCUGAGCGAACCCCAGCACGUGCUGCUGGCCGAGGCGCUGGAGGCCAAGGCCCUGUCAGAGCCCUUCCGGCUGGUGGAGAGCCUUUUGGAGCAGACCUCCCCGUGGCAGGAGCCCAGGGACCUGUCCCUGCCACCUGGGCUCCUGGGGAGCCGCUGGGGCCCAGAGGAGCCCAUCUGGACCCUGCUGGAGGAAUGCGGCCUGGAGCUGCAGGCGGACGCCCCCCAGGCGUGCUGGAGGCCCGAGGCCCAGGGCCCCACGUGUGCGCUCUACGCCUGCCUGGCCCUGCUGCGGAGGCUGAGCCAGCUCUGCUAGCCGCUGGCCUGCCCCAGGCAGCUCUGGGCAGGGAGAGCUCCAGCCUGGGAGAUGGAGCCCAGCCCAGCCGAGGCCGCUCCCCACGGGACUGGGGGGCUGGAGAGAGUCAAUAAAUGUGAUACACAAAGGGAA